AUGUCACCGUUAGGUCGAGCAGAAACAUCUGACUCGACUGAACCAAGCGUUGAACCUGAACCAGAGAGAGAACCAGAACCAGAAGUCGAACCGGAAGUUACAGUAGAACCAGAAGUAGAACCGGAAGUAGAAUCCAGAUAUGUUGAACCCGAAGUAGAACCUGGAUAUGUUGAACCGGAAACAGUUGCCGAACUCUGGCCAGAACCAGGUCCCAAUUGGACUGAAUCUUACACAGAGUGGGGAGAAGCUUGGCCAAUCCACGUUUACCUAUUUGCCCUGGCUUAUUUAGCUAUCGCCUUAUUUGGUAUCUUUCUGAUUAUAACAAUCGUGUUCAACAGAUCGGGAACCCCCAUCAACAAAACAACAAUUGCAUUAAACUCCAUGAUAACCUUCUUCGCCAUUACCAGAUCCGUGACACUUUUUCUCGAUCCCUACUCCUCGGAACGCAGCGUUCCUUUUAUGGUAUCGCAUGUGAUUUGGUCAAUAGGGAUUCCCGGACUGACGUCAUCGUUCAGCAUUGUGUUGUUGAUUCUACUGGACACGACGAAAAUGGAAGUCGCUCCGCCACGUUUUCAGAAACUUUCAGUUAUCGCCUUCAUCACGGCCGUCCAUAUGUUAAUAGUGAUUUCAUUCGACAUUCUCGUGAUGUUGUACGGGUCGACAGUUAAAGUAUUGUUGAUUAUUUGUCAGUUAUUGUUUGUGACGUAUGGUCUGGUGGUGUCAGUGGGAUUUCUUUAUGUUGGUGUGAAAAUCAGGAAGAAUUUAUCGGCGUCCACCAGUAGUUCAAAAGAUCCAACAUCGAAGCGGCUACAGCGCUUAACAAAAUCCAUUUUCAUCUCGUCCGCCGUGGCUUUAUCAAUCGCUGUCACAAAUCUAUACGCAGCAGUGGAUAUUUUUGGCGUGUUCAGUCCUAUCAUGGUCGUCGAUUCCUGGUCAUGGUGGAUUCUACAGACUUGUUUAAGGGUUGAAGAGACAAUGGCGUCAAUCUUAGUCCUGUCCGUCUUCAUCAAAGUUUCCCCGACAGAAACUCUCAGAGGUUUUGUGUAUAAAAUGUGUUGUACUCUAUCUCGACCUAACUCUAUCGCCCCGUCAACACGUGAAACAUUGUUUUGCACACAGUCGGAAGAAAUAAGUAAAACUGUUGGAUGGACGAAUGGAUGAAUAAAGUAGGAGGAAUGGUGGAGAUGAUAUCUGUACUCAUAGACAUCAGCGCAGUUGUUUCAAAAACUUAAUUUUAAGACCUGCAAUAGACGGAUUCUCCUCUUAUACAAUGCGCGCGGGAGGGGUCGGGGUCCUAGUGAUUAUUAGAAGCCAAACCUGCAAUGACAGAUGUUAUGGUAUAAAGCACAGGUGUUACAGAUGCAUUAUGUAAGAACUAAAUCUGCCCAUGGCGGUCCUUUAUUUUUUUAGCUUCAAAUGUUAUAUAAACUGUUAUUUAAAUAUUUAUUAAUAUGAUAAAUCAACUUUUUAGGACAUCAGACGUCUCUGGCUUUAGGUAGAGUAGAACACUUCGGCCAUAUAAUUAUUUAAUUUAAAUAAGGAGAAGCGAGGCUAAAUCUUUGAAUGAACUUUUCAAUAUACUCAUUUUGCAUUAUCUAUUUAUAAACUAUUAUAACGAGAACGUCCAGCUCUUUAUCUAAAUCUUACAUAAUGUAUCUUUAAUAUAACUAUUAUAGCAAAAACGACCA